UCAGCUGAUGUUUUGGUCGAAAAUGUGAUUUGGUAGUUUACGAAAUACAUAAGAAUUGUUUUGAUUUUAUAAAUAUAUUUGUAAUUAUGGAUGAAAAUAUACUGCAAAACUGGACUCCUUAUGCUAAAAAGUAUGAUCCUUUAAAGGCAGGGAGUAUUGAUGGGACAGAUACAGAGCCUCAUGAUAAAGCUGUUAGUAGGGCAAUACAGAUGCACUAUGAGCCACCACACAAUUUGGAAUCUACACCAGAAAGAACUUUAUUUGUAGCUAGAUUUGGUCCAAGAGUGACUAAACAAGAUCUAAAAGAGUUUUUCAGCAAGUAUGGAAAUGUUAGUUCAGUAAAAGUCAUAGUGGAUGUUGUAACUGGACUUUCUCAAGGAUAUGGUUUUGUAGAAAUGAGAAGUGAAGAUGAUGCCAGAAGAGUGUUAAGAAGGACUACUGAUGCUACAUUAAAAGGAUACAACAUAUUUAUUGAUUAUGAAUGUGGUCGCAGCAUGAAGGGAUGGAAACCAAGGAGACUUGGAGGUGGUUUCGGUGGCAAGAAAGAAUCAGGGCAGCUGAGAUUUGGAGGAAAGGACAGACCGUUCAAACGACCCAUUGUUCCUAAUAUUUUAAAGCCAAAAAGAUAAAUAAUAUCUACUUUAAAAUUGUUGCUAUAUUAUUUAUUUCUUAAAUCUAUCCCUUACAUAUUUUUAUCUAUUAUUUUGACACUAGAAACACUAAUAAAAUGCUAUGCAAAAUA